CCUUUGCAGCCCCUCCCUACACCCAUCCUGACCAUUGCACCACACCCUGGAGUCCAGCCUCAGCUGGCUCCCCAGCAACCACCCCCACCCAGGCUUGGCUGCCUGAAGUUGGCACCAGCAGAAGAAGCCAAAUCCAGUGAACAAAAGAAGAGGCCUGGGGGGAUCGGAACCAGAGAAGUCCACAACAAACUGGAGAAAAACAGCCUCCCUGCAAGCAGUGGAUAGAGGUGAGGAUGGCACUUCCAGCCAACAACCCCAAGGUUCAAGUGAGGACUGAGUCACCAAGGGCCCAUGGUUGCCUGUGGCUGUUGCUAAGGGCACCCUGCUGUCCCUUGCCCUGUCCCCAGUCCCUGAAGAGGAAGGAGAAAGAGUAUGAACAUGAGAUGGAGCGGUUGGCACGGGAGAAGAUUGCCACGCAGCAGCGCCUGGCAGAGCUCAAGCACGAGCUGAGCCAGUGGAUGGAUGUGCUGGAGAUUGACCGUGUGCUCAGGCAGACGGGCCAGCCCGAGGAUGACCAGGCCUCCACCUCCACAGCCUCUGCCUCCGCCCCCAGCCCUGCUGUGCAGCUGGCACCUGCCCCACCCCCCAUUGGCCACAUCACAGUGCACCCUGCCACCCUCAACCAUGUGGCCCACCUCGGCUCCCAGCUGCCCUUGUACCCACAGCCUGUGGCAGUGAGCCAGCCUGUGGCAGUGAGCCACAUCGCUCACACCCUUUCGCACCAGCAAGUGAAUGGCACAGCCGGGCUGGGGCCUCCAACCACUGUCAUGGCAAAGCCGGCUGUGGGGGCCCAGGUGGUGCACCACCCCCAGCUGGUGGGCCAAACAGUGCUCAACCCUGUGACUAUGGUCACCAUGCCCUCCUUUCCUGUCAGCACACUCAAGCUGGCUUGAGGAUGAGGCCACUUAGGCCCCCAGUGGGGGCAGGGAAGAGGGAUCUGACUGCCCCUCUCCCACCCACCAGCUCCACACAUUCCAGCCAGGCCCGCCCCACCCACACCACCCCCAGGCCUCCUAGGGGAAGGGGGUGCAGAGACUCUGAGCCAGGGGAGGGGCCCUCCAGGGAGUUGGGUGCAGGAAGGAAGUUGUCCGGCUGCACUAGGACUUGGUAGACAUGAGGACGCUUUGGUGGACAUGCUUGCCUGCCCAGCCUGGUGCCACUCCUGCCUCCUUACCUUGUCCACCCCCUGACGUCUACGGCGCUGUAGCUGUUCUCUGGCUUCUCCUUCCCCAGCCUGCCUUCCUGUGCUGUUGCUGCUAUUGCUCUGUCUGGUGAGGUGGCCGAGCUUCCUGGCCUCCCCUCCCCAGCCUCAGAGUCCUCUGGGACUUCUGUAGAGGAACCAGAGCCCCAGAAAAAUGAGGAAUGGGUGGUGAGGGGCCCAGCUUUGAGUACAGGUGAUAGAUCCUAAGAACUGGAGUCGGGCUAGGACAGGUAAAUGCCUGGGCCUGGCUCUCUGAUCCACCUGUAGUCACUGUGAUUGGUUACAGUAGAAACUGUUUAAAUGAGUCUCAAUCAACAAUAAAUAAAAUGCAGGCUGUUGCCAAGUUUCCCACACCUGCCCCUGGGCUUCUGACCUCUGAAGAGUAGGCUGAGCUUAGGACUGGAGAGGUGAGGCCAGCAGUCCUGCCUCCUACCCACAAGGCCUGGGAGGAACUCCAACCUUGGGCAUGAUGCUCACUGUCCUGGUUCCUUGCUCUGUCCAGUGCUUCUCCAGGCCUCUGGGUUUAGGUACUGCCUUCAGCUUGGAAAGCACGGACCAGCAGCAGCUCUAGGAGUUAAGCCCCAUUGCUGAGGGAGGUAUCAAUGAGCUGAAACCCUGGGGCUCUUCCCAUCUCCCUCUUUCAGUGGCAAUUCUGAGGCCCCUUCCUGGUGGGUGCUGCACUGUCCACUGGAAAGGGCCCUUGUUGGGCUAAGACAAGGCUCAUCAGGACUGGGAAGAGAGGGUCCUGUGCUUAGGGAUGCUGUGUCUCCUGCCUCUGCUUUUGCAGACUGCUUUGGCUUCUCUUUUUAAGUGGAUAUUUAUUACAAGUGGCCUUGUGUCAGACACUCAGUUACACGUGUGCACAUUCAGCUCCCCACUCAACACUCACCAAUGGCCUUUCAGUGUGGAGCAGGAAGCAAGUGUCCCUAGGUGUGAAGUUUGCACUGAGGCAAGUCUGAGGGGCUAGAAGGAAGGCUCAGGGUCCUUCAGAUGACAUGAGCAGGGCAUUGAUGCCAGUGAAGGUCUUGAAUCAUUCUUCUCCCUUGAAAUGACUCCUCAGAUGCUUCAGAACUCACAGGUCCUUCUGGCCCCAAAAGCCUCCCAGGGCACUUUUGUUAUUUGUCUCCUAGGCUGGGGAAUGGUGGCUAGGACCAGGUCUCUACCCCAGCAUAAAAAUCCCAGCCCUCAAAUUGGCUGCCGUCCUGUGGCUGCCGUCACCCUCUACCCACACCUGAACUUUGUGGGCCACCUCCACUCUCUGCUUUGUGUUGUGACGAAGAGCAGAGUAUGGUAUUGGCACAGUCAGACCACUUGAUGAACUUGCCCCCACCUCUUUUGCCCCUCUCUGUCUUGAGGCCAGUUCUAGAGUUCACACCAUCGUGUUGGCUUGCAGGCCUGCACAGCUACCUCAUCAUCCACCCCUCCCCCCACCCCCGCCAGGGGUUCCUCCAGAUCUAGUGCCGCCGAAUGACAAUGUCCAGAUUGGUGAUGAUGGGUGUUGUUGCUGUUUUUGUUGUUUGUGACUGCUGUGUGCCCGAAUGGGCAGCCACCUCCCAGCCCUCUCUUGGGCGUCUCCCCUUUGAGAGCUGUUAGGACCACAUCAGUCCUCACCUUGUGGGACCGCCUGGCCCUUCCCUUCCUAUCCCUUCCAGCCUGGGACACACACACACACAUACACACACACCUUACCUCUCAUGCGUGUUUUACCUGUGCUGUUUUGAGUGGCUCACUGCCUGGGAUCUUUACCUCGGGGAGGAAAAGGGAGGAAGAGUGGUUCCCUGGGGGCCAAAGAAGGGCAGAGAAUGCCUGGAGGGGAGUUGGGUCACCAUAGCCUCUCUCUAGGAACAGCUGCUUCUCCCCCCAAUCCCAGGGUCCCACUCUCAAUCCCCAAAGAGGUGGCCCUUGUUUACAGUGAGGACUCGGUCACUGUGUCUCUGUUUCCUGAAAUAUGAAUUGUAGCGACCCCAGACUGUAGAGAUUUUUAUGUGUUUGGGUACAUCUGCUGUGUGGGAAAAAAAAAAAAAGAAAAAACUACAAAAACCCUAAUUUUGUACAUAUUGUAUUUUUACUAUUGAACUGUAUUCUAGUGGCUGUUCAUGCUCCGAGACUUUAGGUAUUGAGACAUGAAUACUACCCAUGUAAUAAGCACUUGCCUGGAAUAAAAUAUAAAAUGGAAAUAAAUCUGCACUGAAAUCUGA